GCACCCUCUCCCCCCCCGGGGAUGCGGAUAGAGCGGAGCUGAGGCAGCGCCGGGCCGGGGCCUCGUCUGGGGGUCGCUGGGCUGGGGGCUGCCCCGCAUCCCCCCCUCUCCUCCACCGUCUCUGUGCCGGGAAACGGGGCUUUAGCGGGGGGGUGAGGCUGGAGAGUGGCUCGGUGGUGGGUGUGUGUGUGCCUGCCAGGAGAACCGGGCCUUGCUCUUCACUUCUCUGCUUCCUCGGCUGGGUGUUGAGGCUGGCGGGGGUGUUUCUGCCUUCCCUGUAGCCUCAGGUACUGUUUAAGACCGAGGUAGGGACCUAAAAAGCACGGCUUCCUGUUGGUCAGGCCUCCUGUUAGCUUCCUGCAUUCUUCCCAGCAAAGGUUCGCCCCGUGAAUUCAUGAGGUUUUGUUGCUUGGCUGGGCCAGAGUCUUACUUUGAUUUGUUUUCUUCCCUUUCCAGAGCUUUGUGGGGCUUGGCUCUGUUCAGCGAGAAGGCUGAAAUGUCCCUGCCGGAGUGGCACAUCGCCGUGAAGCUGGCAGAUCAGCCGCUGGCUCCCAAAUCCAUCUUGCGUUUGCCGGAGACGGAGCUGGGGGAAUGCCCGCUGGGUGGGUGCAGCAUCUCGUACCUUAAGCAGCUCAUCACCGGCAAACUGCAGGAGUCUGUCCCAGACCCCGAGCUCAUUGACCUGAUCUACUGCGGCCGUAAGCUGAGGGAUGACCAGACACUUGAUUUUUAUGGCAUCCAGUCUGGUUCCACUGUUCACGUCCUGCGCAAGUCCUGGCCUGAGCCUGAUCAGAAACCAGAGCCUGUGGAUAAGGUGGCAGCGAUACGGGAGUUCCGGGUCCUUCACACUGCCCUGCACAGCAGUCCUGCCUACAGAGAUGCAGUCUUCAAAAUGCUGGGGAACAAGGAGUCGCUGGAUCAGAUCAUUGUAGCUACUCCUGGCCUUAGCAGCGACCCUGUUGCUUUGGGAGUCCUACAGGACAAGGAUCUCUUUUCAGUGUUUGCAGACCCCAACAUGCUGGACACGCUAAUCCCAGCCCACCCUGCGCUUGUGAAUGCCAUUGUCCUUGUUCUGCACUCAGUGGCGGGCAGCACCCCGCUCCCAGCCCCAGAGACAUCCUCCCGAGGCAUGUCCUCUGGCUCCUACCGGGACAUGCCAGGUGGCUUUCUGUUUGAAGGUCUCUCUGAUGAUGAAGAAGAGUUCCACCAGAGCACGAGAUCUACACCAUCCAGCAGCACUUCUGGUUCCCGCCCAGCUUCCCUUGGCUACGCUGGGGCUGCUGGACCCCGGCCAAUCACCCAGAGCGAGCUGGCGACCGCACUGGCACUGGCAAGCACCCCAGAGAGCAGCUCCCACACGCCCACUCCUGGCACCCAGGGUCACUCCUCUGGGACCUCCCCAAUGUCAUCCAGUGUUCAGUCAGGAACACCUAUCACCAACGAUCUCUUCAGCCAGGCCUUACAGCAUGCCCUGCAGGCCUCGGGGCAGCCCAGCCUGCAGAGCCAGUGGCAACCACAGCUUCAGCAGCUGCGAGACAUGGGCAUACACGAUGAUGAGCUAAGUCUCCGGGCCCUGCAAGCCACUGGAGGGGACAUUCAGGCUGCCCUGGAGCUCAUUUUUGCUGGUGGGGCUCCCUAGGUUUUUGGGCAGGAGAGGCUGGACUGGUGAGUUGCAUUGAGGUGGCUGUGACAUUCUUUGGUCUGGGACUCGGCCCCAAAACUCUUCUCUGUGCUGGGGUUCCUCUUUCCAGCAUGGAGCACUUGGGGUGGCUGCUCCUUUCCUUGCAGGUGGGCAAUGUGCUCCUGUUUGAGGGCACCGACCAUGCUGAGGGCAGCUCCUCCAGCUCCAGAUAUCUCUCUCCAGCCUCCUUCUGGCCACCAGAGACCUCAGAACGUUGUCCAGCAUGGAGAAAGAGGUGGCUCUGUGUGAUGGGAGAGAUGUGGCACCUGUGGUUCUGCAGUCUUAGAUCUGUCAACGCAUUCUCCCGCCUGUUGUUUCGUUCUUGUCUGCCUGACAUGCCUCAGUCUACCUUGUUUUGCUGUUGUGGGUCCCUCUGUGUUUGACUGUAUUAAAUAGACUGUAUUCA